GAAAGACUUUUACUGUGAAAGUACUAAACUCUUUCUACCCCCCCCCCCCAGUCAGGAUGUCCAUCACUAAGAUUCAUGCUCGUGAGAUUCUGGACUCCAGAGGAAACCCCACAGUGGAAGUGGACCUGUGGACGGCCAAGGGUCUAUUCAGAGCUGCAGUACCCAGCGGUGCAUCGACAGGUGUCCAUGAGGCGCUCGAGCUCCGUGACGGAGACAAGAGUCGUUACCUGGGCAAAGGUACGAUGAAGGCUGUGGAACAUGUGAACAAGAGGAUCGCCCCCAAGCUGAUUGAGAAGAAGUUCAGUGUUGUUGAGCAGGAGAAGAUUGACAAGUUCAUGUUGGAGUUGGACGGAACUGAGAACAAAUCUCAGUUCGGUGCUAACGCCAUCCUGGGCGUGUCCCUCGCCGUCUGUAAGGCCGGAGCCGCAGAGAAGGGAGUUCCUCUCUACCGCCACAUCGCUGACCUCGCCGGACACAAAGACGUCAUUCUUCCUGUUCCUGCCUUUAACGUCAUUAAUGGAGGAAGUCAUGCUGGAAACAAACUGGCCAUGCAGGAGUUCAUGAUUCUACCAGUUGGAGCCGCCAACUUCCACGAGGCCAUGAGGAUCGGUGCCGAGGUUUAUCAUAACUUGAAGAACGUGAUCAAGGCCAAGUAUGGGAAAGACGCCACCAACGUGGGAGACGAGGGAGGCUUCGCCCCCAACAUCCUGGAGAACAAUGAGGCUCUGGAGCUUCUGAAGUCAGCCAUCGAAAAGGCCGGUUACCCCGACAAAAUCAUCAUCGGCAUGGACGUGGCAGCCUCCGAGUUCUUCCGCAGCGGAAAGUAUGACCUGGACUUCAAGUCCCCCGACGACCCGUCCAGACACAUUAGCGGAGAAAAGCUGGGAGAUCUUUACCGCAGCUUCAUCAAGAACUACCCCGGUAACAACACACACACACACACACAUAUAAGUUUAAUUAAGACUGGUGCCCCCUGCAGGUCAGAACGUUUGGCCAAAUACAACCAGCUGAUGAGGAUCGAGGAGGAGCUCGGAAACAAAGCGAAGUUUGCUGGUAAAGAUUACCGUCACCCAAAGAUCAACUGAAGCUCCACGCCCACUUCCUUUCUGUCGUGUGACAACUGACUGACGCCUGAUGACCCCUGAAGCCACUCCCCCUACAGCUGGGGUUGAGAGGUCAGAGGUCACAGAGGGUUUGACCCCGCCUUCCAAGCUAUAAUUCCAGUAAUGAUGUUUUCUAUAUAAAACACAAGGAUUGAAUAAAAUCGACAGAGGAAAACAAACAUG